ACCCAAAAAUCCCCAAUCUCUCUCUCUCUCUCUCUCUCUCUCUCUCUCUCUCUCUCUCAACCUCUCUCUCUUGUUCGCCUCAUCGAAACCUUGCUCCGAUCCUUGCAAAAUGGCGUCUGGAUCGUCGGGUCGAGCCAAUUCGGGCUCGAAGGGCUUUGAUUUCGCCUCCGACGACAUUCUGUGCUCGUAUGAAGACUUCGGCACCAACCAGGACUCCUCCAAUGGAACUCACAACGACCCGGCCAUCGGAACCAAUUCCACCCAGGAUUUUCACAAAAGUAGGAUGGCUAGAUCACCAAUGUACUCUUCAGCUGCCUAUGCCCAACCUGAAGACUCUCUCAACCAAGAAGUAAUUGCUACUGUUGAAAAGAGCAUGAAAAAAUAUGCUGACAAUCUCAUGCGCUUCCUCGAGGGAAUUAGUUCACGGCUGUCGCAGUUGGAGUUAUAUUGCUACAAUCUUGAUAAGUCCAUCGGUGAGAUGCGUUCUGAUUUAAAUCGUGAUCGCGGGGAGGCGGAUACAAAGCUCAAAACUCUUGAGAAACAUCUUCAAGAGGUCCAUAGGUCUGUCCAGAUCCUGAGAGACAAGCAAGAACUUGCUGAGACUCAAAAAGAAUUAGCCAAGCUUCAGCUUGCACAGAAAGGAUCUUCUUCUUCAAUCCAUUCCCAAACAAAUGAGGAAAGAGCAUCACCACCUACCUCAGAUGGUCAGAAGACUGACAACACAUCUGAAACACCUAACCAGCAGUUAGCUCUCGCCUUGCCCCACCAAGUAGCACCACAGCAACAACCGGCGGCACCUCCACAACAGGCGCCAACACAGAAUGCGACCGCACAACAGCAAACCUAUUACUUACCUCAAACUCAGCUAUCAAAUCCGUCGCCCCCACAACAGCAUCCGCAGAGUCAGUAUUUGGCUUCGGAUACUCAGUAUCGAACCCCGCAACUGCAAGACCCUAGAGUGGCACCACAGCCAACUCAAUCUCAAGUGAAUCAACCACAAGUCCAACCGUUCCCUCAGUAUCCACAGCAACUACCACAGCAGUUGCCUCAGCAGGUGCAGUACCCACAACAGCCAUCGAUGCCGUCUAUGCAACAACCCCACAUGAGGCCACCAUCAACACCUGUGUACCCGCCAUACCCAACUGGUCAACAGACGAACCCAUCUCCUCCUGAGACUCUGCCAAACAGCAUGUCAAUGCAAGUAUCAUAUUCGAGUGUUCCUCAACCUGGUUCUGGUCGUUCUGAUACCAUUCCUUUUGGAUAUAGCGGAGCUGGUAGAACAAUGCCACAGCAGCCUCCACCCCAGCAGAUUAAGGGUGCUUUUGGAGGUCAACAAGGUGAUGGGUAUGCCUCUGCUGGGCCUCACCCUGCACUUCCCCCAGGGAGUACAUAUAUGAUGUUUGAUAGUGAAGGGGGUAGAAAUCCUUAUUCUGCCCAGAUGCCUCACUACAGUCAAGGUGGAUAUCCUCCAGCUGGUGCCUCUCAGACUCCACAACCAACAACAGCUCCAAAUCAUAUGGUCCGCAACCCGCAAUUCAUUCGUAACCAUCCAUACAAUGAGUUGAUUGAGAAGUUGGUGAGCAUGGGUUUUAGGGGUGAUCAUGUUGCCAGUGUGAUCCAGAGGAUGGAGGAAAGCGGCCAAACCAUCGAUUUUAAUGCUGUGAUUGACAGGUUGAAUGUUCAUUCAUCUCCGCCUCCACAGAGAGGAUGGUCAGGGUAAACGGAGAAGGGCAGGAAACAUUCCAGUUGAGUAACAGUCAUUGCGUGUGUUUUUUUAUUACGCAUUGAAUAAAGGCUGAUGAUAGGUGUAUGGUGUCCUCAUAUGGUUUUGAGGGAUACAAGGAUAUUAUUGUAUAUCUGUAACCGCAUUGCAAGAUCUUGACGUUUAAUUUAUGUCAGUACUGGGUAGCUGUUCUCCUU